AUGUCCCUCUCAGGGAACAGGGUGCCCCUCAGGUCAGCCGGUGAUAACACCCAAGUCACACAAGGCCGCAUCCUGGACGCUUGCCAACAGUCCCGUCAUGUCGUGUCUUUCAACUCUCCAGAAAAUGGCCUUCCAGCCUGGGACAAGCCGAAGCCUUGUCCAGACGGCGAGCCGGAGUGGAAGCUCGUGGGAAUGUCUGAAGGCUGCCUGCAUCGGAAGAGCCACCCGGAGCGGCGCGGGCCCCUGAAACAUGAGCAGUCACCCCUCAUCCAGGCCACCUGGACGAGCUCCAUAUUCCAUCUGGACCACGACGACGUGAGCGAUCAGAGCGCGCCCAGCACCCAGACCUUCCAGACGGAGGAGAAGAAAUGCAAAGGCUACAUCCCCAGCUACUUAGACAAGGACGAGCUCUGCGUCGUGUGCGGUGACAAAGCCACGGGGUACCACUAUCGCUGCAUCACGUGCGAAGGCUGCAAGGGUUUCUUUAGAAGAACCAUUCAGAAAAAUCUCCAUCCAUCCUAUUCCUGUAAAUAUGAAGGAAAGUGUGUCAUAGACAAAGUUACAAGAAAUCAGUGCCAGGAAUGUCGCUUUAAAAAAUGCAUCUACGUUGGCAUGGCAACAGAUUUGGUCCUGGACGACAGCAAGCGUCUGGCCAAGAGGAAGCUCAUCGAAGAGAACCGGGAGAAGAGGCGGAGGGAGGAGCUGCAGAAAUCCAUGGGGCACAAGCCAGAGCCCACUGACCAGGAAUGGGAGCUCAUCAAGACCGUCACCGAGGCCCACGUGGCCACCAACGCCCAGGGCAGCCACUGGAAGCAGAAGCGGAAGUUCCUGCCCGAAGACAUCGGACAGGCACCAAUAGUAAACGCCCCGGAAGGUGGAAAGGUCGACUUGGAAGCCUUCAGCCAUUUUACAAAAAUCAUCACACCAGCAAUUACCAGAGUGGUGGAUUUUGCCAAAAAGUUGCCUAUGUUUUGUGAGCUGCCAUGUGAAGACCAGAUCAUCCUCCUCAAAGGCUGUUGCAUGGAGAUCAUGUCCCUCCGUGCAGCCGUGCGCUACGACCCGGAGAGUGAGACUCUGACCCUGAACGGGGAGAUGGCGGUGACGCGCGGCCAGCUGAAAAACGGGGGCCUCGGGGUGGUGUCCGACGCCAUCUUCGACCUGGGGAUGUCGCUGUCCUCUUUCAACCUGGACGACACUGAGGUCGCUCUCCUUCAGGCCGUCCUGCUGAUGUCUUCAGAUCGCCCAGGGCUUGCCUGUGUUGAGAGAAUAGAAAAAUACCAAGAUAGUUUCCUGCUGGCCUUUGAACACUAUAUCAAUUACCGAAAACACCACGUGACUCACUUUUGGCCAAAACUCCUGAUGAAGGUGACAGACCUGCGGAUGAUCGGAGCCUGCCAUGCCAGCCGCUUCCUGCACAUGAAGGUGGAAUGCCCCACGGAACUCUUUCCCCCGUUGUUCUUGGAAGUGUUUGAGGAUUAGACCGACUGACUCAUUCUCAUAAUUCCAACAGCACUACUGGGUGUCAUUUCAUUCCAUUGCCUAGCUCUUUUUUGUUUGUUCCUUUAUUUCUUUGUGUUGGGAGGGAUUGUUUGGGGGUAAAGGGAGGUAGUCCUUGGCAUAGACAUGGAUGAAAUUGCCCCUUGAAUGCAGGUACUUGCUAACUAUUGCAUUUUGUUCUCCAGUCCUUUGAUGUGAAUAUGCUUUGGAGGUUUUACAGUUGUGGAGGCGGGGUGGGGACAAUCAUUAAUUCACCAGCACCAAGCCGUCACCAGCUCCCAUCUGUCCCUGGUCAGCAACUCGAGCAAGCAAAAUGGCGAAGCAGGAAACUAAAGAAGACUUAAAACCAAGACAAUGUGGUCAUCUUGAUCCAAUCCUGGUUUUUGCAGGGCUCCAAUUAGCACAGCACAGACAGCCUCUGAUGAAAUGUGGCUUUCAGCUUCCUAGGGAAAGUUCUGAACAAAUUGCUAUCUAUUCAAGAACACGCUGUUUUCAGCACUCUGUUCUCUCCUCGCAGCCUAACCUGGAAUAUAUAAGGAUAUUUGUUUCCCCCAAAUUAGCUGUCCUUUCACUGUAAUUUUCAUAAUCCUGUGAUUUAAUUUGAGUUAUACAAGGGUGUGACUCAAUGAUGUGCAGGUGUUUGACUGAUUGAGGCCAACAAGGAAAACAAUUUCCUUAAGUGAGCCCAAAGAAAUUCAAAAUCUUCACAGAUAUCAGUGACUCAGUGGUUUCCAAAAAUUUCCAUAGUAUCACUUCAUAGUAAGAAGGCUUCUUACUGCUCAGAGGAAACUCCCACAAAAAUCAAACCUACUUACAGAGUGAUGUCACUGUUCAGUGACAUCUGACCCUUCAUCUCUCAAAGUCCUCAAGUCAUUCAACCUGUUUGCAUCUCUUCCGAGCCGACAACAGAUUUCCCUGUGGAUUGACCUUCCAGUCAAGGAGCGGUAACAAGCUGAAAUGUUUGAGUCUUGUUCUGGGGAGAGACUAGUGAUGUCACGUUCUAUGUUGAAGGAAAUGCAGUGCCUCAGAGCCUCCUCACACCCUGAUGCUGAGGUUCCUCCCUUCUGCUCUUGGAUCCUCAGGCUCUUUGCUCUACUCACAAGUGUUUCCUAAUCUCCUUUUCUCUCUGGUUCUGAGGCUUGACUACCACCAAAGCCUGCUCCAGCCACUGACUCUCUCUGUCCCUCUGAUAGCAUUGCCCCGACAGAUACUCAGCAGAAAACAGCUGCAGACCACGCACACAAACCCUCACUCACCUUCCCUGCCCAACCCACCUCCCCAGUGACCGACGCUGGAGUACUGUGUGCCCAGAAAGCAUGAUGCCCCUGGUCGCUUCAACGUCAGAAGAUGGGCACAGAAUAUACCCAUGAAACUGAAUGUAUCUCACUCUUCACCGUCAUGGUAGACAUAAACUAUUCCUCUGCCUGCCUUGUACUGCCUUAUCCUGGAAGUGUUUGGGAAAAUAAGCCAUAUCCGUGAAACUUGCCUAAAAA